AUUUACAAAUAUUUUAGCUUGUGUCCAUGACAAGAUCAUUUUGUGUACUGGUUGUAAUAUGUAAAAGGUAACGCGUUUGACAUUAUUUAUUUGUAAAUAGUGGUCUCUUGUAUGUUUUCUAAACUUUAAAUUAGUCACCAUUGAUUGUAUUUAAAACUUUUUGUAUUCAACCAUUUUUUGCUAUGUUUAGUGAAUAAAUUGUAUGUCCUUGGCCAAAAUAGAAAAGUUGUUGUCCUGUUUAUAUUUGCUCUGCGCCGUAUAUCGCAGUACCGCACGUGCAUGCCGUGUUGAUGGUAGGGCGGUCCCCGGCGAGCUCUAACGCGGUGCUGUUCCUGUCGGCAGGUGCGCGGGCAUGGACACCGCCAGGACGAGAGGUGGCCGACGGGGAGCUGGACUCGGAGAUGAAGGUCGAGCCGUGUGGAGUCGAGCACGGCGAUGAUCUACAUGGACGAGAGGUGGCCGACGGGAAGCUGGACUCGGAGAUGAAGGUCGAGCCGUGUGGAGUCGAGCACGGCGAUGAUCCGCCAGAACAAGAGGUGGCGGACUGGAGCGGCCCAGAGAUGACGGCCGAGCCGGGCGGUGUCGAGCACAGCCACGAUCCCGACUGUGUCCAGGACGAGCAGCUGGGGCUGGUGGUUGCCGGGACGCACUCGACCCGCGACUGUCGUGCGGAGGACUUCGGGGACCUCGCCAAGGCCGUGAAGCUGGAGAUUUUUGAUGACGCAGUGCACCCUCCACAAUCUCCGCGCGCCGGAUUAGCAUCAAACGACAGCGACAGUGACGUGCUUGGAGAUGAUGUCGAGGAGGUGCGCCAACACGGUCGCGUUCGGAGCGAUGUGACUCACAGCGGCGAGUGUGAUAAGACUCCUACCGGGGAAGUUGAAGUUGAAGCUUAUAGCCCUCUUAAGAGAGACUUGCCUAAAGAAGUCGGUGUGGGGUAUAAAUGUAAAUACUGUAGCAAAACGUUCAUGAAGACAUCUACACUGGAAAGACAUCUGCGUGUACACUCACGCGAGAAGCCAUUUAAAUGUGAAACGUGUGAGCAGUUCUUUACUCAAAAAUCAACCUUGACUCGGCACAUCAGGACACAUACUGGCGAGAAACCUUAUUUGUGUAACUUCUGCAAUCGGCGUUUUGCUGCAAAAUACCAUCUUGUUGUACAUAUCAGGACACACACUGGUGAAAAACCUUAUUUGUGCGACUUCUGCAAGCAACGUUUUGCUGAUAAAAGUACCCUUGUCUAUCACAUCAGGAUACAUACUGGUGAAAAACCUUAUCAAUGUGACUUCUGCAACCAGCGUUUUGCUGCAAAAAAAGUUCUUGUUAAACACAUCAGGACACAUACUGGUGAGAAACCUUUUCAAUGUGACUUCUGCAAUCAGCGUUUUGCUGUAAAACAGAAUCUCGUUGCACACACCAGGACACAUACUGGUGAGAAGCCAUACAAGUGUGAUCAGUGCGAAGAAUGUUUUGCUCGGGCAGGUCAUCGCAUGAGACACAUCCAAAGACAUCACACAUCGGCGCCCCCGUCCUGCUCGUGCAUGCCGUGUCGGUGGUGGUUGGGGUGGUCCCCGGUGCAGGCGGUCUGGGCGAGCUCUAACGCGGUGCUGUUCCUGUCGGCAGGUGCGCGGCCCAGGAUACCGCCAGGACGAGAAGCGGGCGACUGGAGGGACACGGAGAUCAAGGCCGAGGCGAGCAGCGGUGACGAGGACGACCAUCGAGGUGGUCAAGCCGUUCGUCAACUUGCACGUGACGCCGAACCCGUAUCUCGUGUCCAAGUUCUUACACAGCCUGCACAACAAGCACGACCACUUCCACAUGAUACCGAGGGUGCCCAGGACGAGGUGCCGCGUUCGCCGCUGGUCACCGGGAGUUACUCGCUCCGCAGCCGACGACGCGAGGAGGACACUAAGGACCUAGCCAAGGCACUGGAGCUGGAGAUUUUCGAUGAUGACGCAGUGCACCCUCCACACUCUCCGCGCGACGAAUUGGCAUCCGACGACGGCGAUAGUGACGUGCUUGGAGACGAUGCUGAGGAGGCGCCCCAUGAUGUGACACACAGCGGCGAGUGCGAUGAGACCCCUCCCACCAACAGCCCUCUAAAGAGAGACUUGCCAGAUGAAGCCGGUGUGGGUUUUAAAUGUAACUCCUGCAGCAAAACGUUCAUUUGCGAAUCUAAACUGAAGACACAUCUGCGUGUACACUCACGCAAGAAGCCAUUUAAAUGUGAAACGUGUCAACGGUGCUUUCGUCAAAAAUCACACUUCAAUGGGCACAUCAGGACACAUACUGGCGAGAAACCUUAUUUGUGUAACAUCUGCAACCAGCGUUUUGCUGAUAAAAGCACCCUUGUCCAUCACACCAGGACACAUUCUGGUGAGAAACCGUAUUUGUGUAACUUCUGCAACCAACAUUUUGCUAAAAAAUUUAACCUUGUCCAGCACAUCAGGACACACACUGGUGAGAAACCUUAUCAAUGUGACUUCUGCCACCAGCGUUUUGCCGCAAAAUUUUCUCUUGUUGUACACAUCAGGACACAUACCGGCGAGAAACCUUAUCAAUGUGACUUCUGCAACAAGCGUUUUGCUGUAAAAAGCGAUCUUGUUUUACACACCAGGACACAUACUGGGGAGAAACCUUAUCAAUGUGACUUCUGCAACAAGCGUUUUGCUACAAAAGAGGUUCUUGUUGCUCACGUCAGGACACAUACUGGUGAGAAACCUUAUCAAUGUGACUUCUGCAACAAGCGUUUUGCUGCAAAAAAAGUUCUUGUUGUACACAUCAGGACACAUACUGGUGAGAAACCUUUUCAAUGUGACUUCUGCAACAAGCGUUUUGCUAGUAAAAAUACCCUUGUGCAGCACAUAAGGACACAUACUGGUGAGAAGCCAUACAAGUGUGAUCAGUGUGAAGAAUGUUUUUCUCAGACAGCUAAUCGCACGAGCCACAUCCGAACCCAUCACACAUAAAAUUAAGAAGUAGUAGAUUAAUUUAAAAAAGGAUUAGGUUCUGUAUUCCAAUAUGAUUUUGGUGGUGGUAAUUUGGGAAAGUUAACGUGUGCUCAUACUUCUGAAAAGUUGUCUUUUGUAUCUUUCUGAUUUUCAUUUUGUGCCUGGUGAUUGUAUUUAUAGCUAUUUGCUUUCUUCAACCUUUUCUUCCUAUGUUCAUGUUCUUUUGAAUAAAAUACACGUUCCUCUAUGCAAGAUA